CGCCCCAGCUCACCUCCCUGGCUCGGUGGCUCCCUCCCCACUCCACGCUCGCCCGCCCGCCCGCCCGCCACCGCCUCCUGCUCCUCGCCUCGCCUCUCGCUCGCCAAACCCUAGACGCAGAUCCCCUCCUCCCACCACCGCGCAGCAUUACGCUCAGAUCCACCCCCGCGAGCUCAUUCAGAUCCACCCAUGCGGCUCCAGCUCGUCUUCCCCCUCCUGCUGCUCGCCGUGGCGGCGGCAGCUUCCGCGGCUGAGGCCGCGGCGACGCUAUCUUCGAGGAUGGUUCACCGGCUGUCUGACGAGGCGCGGCUGGAGGCGGGCCCGAGCGGGGAGCGGUGGCCGCGGCGCGGGAGUGGGGAGUACUACCGCGCGCUGGUGAGGAGCGAUCUCCAACGGCAGAAGCGGCGGCUCGGCGUCAAGUACCAGCUCCUCUCGCUCUCCAAAGGGGGCGGCACCUUCUCCUCCGGCGACAACUUAGGCUGGUUAUAUUACACUUGGGUGGAUGUUGGGACGCCAAACACCUCCUUUCUGGUUGCAUUGGACACCGGGAGUGACCUAUUCUGGGUACCCUGUGACUGUAUCCAGUGUGCUCCUUUAUCUGGCUACCGAGGAAGUCUGGUGCUCCGUCAUAAAUGGAGCAUCUAUUAUGCAGGAUAGAGAUCUCGGAAUAUACAAGCCUGCUGAAUCAACAACAAGUCGGCAUCUUCCUUGCAGCCAUGAGCUAUGCUUGGGUUCAGGCUGCACAAACCCAAAGCAGCCUUGCCCAUACAAUAUUGAGUACUUUUCUGAAAAUACUACCAGCUCUGGUUUGCUGAUUGAAGAUACAGUGCACUUCUACUCCAGGGAGGGCCAUGUACCAGUGAAUGCUUCAGUUAUUAUUGGUUGUGGAAGAAAGCAAAGUGGUGACUAUUUGGAUGGUGUUGCGCCGGAUGGACUCCUUGGCCUUGGAAUGGCAGAUAUAUCAGUUCCUAGUUUCCUGGCAAGAGCUGGACUAGUUCGGAAUUCCUUCUCGAUGUGCUUUAAGGAAGAUAAUUCCGGGAGAAUUUUCUUUGGAGAUCAAGGAGUGUCCAAUCAACAGUCUACACCGUUUGUUCCUCUGUAUGGCAAACUUCAAACUUAUGCUGUUAACGUCGACAAAUCUUGUAUUGGACAUAAAUGUCUUGAGGGUACUAGCUUCGAGGCUUUAGUUGAUAGUGGAACAUCAUUUACUUCUUUUCCUCCCGACGUUUAUAAGGCUGUCACAGUGGAGUUUGACAAACAAAUGAAUGCUUCAAGAGUGCCUUAUGAAGACAGUACAUUGAAAUACUGCUACAUGGCUAGUCCUCUCGAGAUGCCUGAUGUACCAACCAUAACUCUGACUUUUGCUGCGAACAAGAGCUUCCAGGCUGUUAAUCCUAUCCUUCCAUUUAAUGACAAACAGGGAGCACUCGCCGGGUUCUGCUUAGCCAUCCUUCCAUCAUCGGAACCUAUUGGAAUUAUCGCCCAGAAUUUCCUUGUUGGAUAUCAUGUGGUGUUCGACCGAGAAAACAUGAAGCUGGGCUGGUACCGCUCUGAAUGCCGUGACGUUGACAACAGCACGACUGUUCCCUUGGGCCCAUCGCAGCACAACAGUCCAGAGGACCCGUUGCCGUCGAACGAGCAGCAGACUUCGCCGGCAGUGACGCCUGCGGUCGCAGGCACGGCUCCGCCCUCCAGUGCAACGACGAACCUACAGAAGCUCCUCGCUAGCUCUUACCCGUUGCUGUUACUGACAAUGUCCACUGUGUUCUUCAUCUCAUGAACAACUGAUAGAAUACUAAUCCAUAGCCCUGUAUAUUCUAUGUGCUUUAUAUAUGAUGCUUUUUGUUCCCUGAGAUUAGUAGAUCUGCAUUUUGCCG